UGCAUUCUACCUCAUGGGAGACUUGAUGCAUUCACUUUGGCAGUUUAUGUAUUUUAAGCAUCCCUUAAUUUACCAUAAGUCCGCUCCUUCCUACUCUGCCUAGCGCCUACCUAAAAUUAAUUUCCAACAAGAAACAGGGAAGAACAAUGGCCGGAGGAGGGGGCUUCCUAUCUUCCAUGUUUACCACGAUGGUAGCCAAGCUGCAUAGCUUGGCUUCACCGUCAAUAACAUCUUCUUCGUUGCUACACAACAAUAUUGAACGGGAGAUGAGUAGGCUGACAGAGACGAUGAGGCGAAUCCAAGCCAAACUUGCUGACUCAGAGGAGGAGAAUCAUGCAAAAAGUCACUGGGAGAAGCUUUGGCUUAGCGAGCUCAAAGAUGUUGCCUAUGAUGCCGAAGACGUAGUAGAAGAGUACGAGUACGAGGUGUUGCGUUCCAAACAAUUGCAUGAGAACAACAGCGGGGCACAUGAGGAUGAACUAGCAAAUAAAGCCGCAGAGAUAAGGAAAAGGUUUGAUGAGAUCACCAAGGAGUGGAAACUCCUAAAGUUGCCUAAGAAGGCUGGAAAAAGAAAGAGAAGCCCCAUGCUCUCAGAUAUGAACCGAGAAACAGGCUCUUUAGUGGUUGAAUCAGAUGUUCUUGGAAGAGUAGAUGAAAAAGAUAUGCUGGUUGAAUGGCUACUGUCAGAGGAUGAUUCAACAGAGGAUAGAGUUUCUGUGAUUGCAAUAAUUGGGAUGGGAGGACUGGGUAAAACAACACUAGCUCAGAUUGUCUAUAAUGAUCCAAGAGUGGAAAACUAUUUCUAUCCAAGAGGAUGGGUCUGUGUAUCUGAAAACUUUGAUGUUGUUGGUUUGACAGAGAAGAUUCUACAAUCACUUGUAGAUGAGAAAGUUCAUAAAGAACUAGACGGGCUCCAACAUGCACUAGGAGAGAAUCUGCAGGGGAAAGGGAAAGUGAAAGUUCCUGAAGAUCUAGUCGUGCUCCAACGUGCACUACAAGAGAAUUUGCAGGGGAAAAAGUUUUUGCUGAUAUUAGAUGAUGUUUGGAAUGAAAAUUUCACUCUCUGGGAUGAAUUAAGAAAGCCCUUACUAUCAGCUCAAGUGGGUAAAGUUAUAGUGACCACUAGAAAUCGACCAGUUGCUAGAAUUAUGGAGACAAUAUUUCCUCUCGACUUAAUUGCUUACCAUUUGAUGUAUGCUGGCAAUUGUUCAAGAGAGUCACUUUGGGAAGAGCAGAUAAGAGCCUACAACCACAUCUUGAAGACAUCGGCCGAAAGAUAGUAGAGAAGUGCAAAGG